UAGGAAGUGGAGAGUCAGCCGUGACAUGGAGGCAUGCUCACUGCCAGGGAAGUGAACUAAGUUAUUGUUUUCAGUCGUAACAACAAAACGAGCACAGGACUUGAGUGCAAUGGAUACCAGCUUUCCUACUCUGGCUUGUUGCCUUCUGGCAAUUUCUUUUGCUGUGGCAAAAACAGAAAAAGGGAACUUGACUCAAACAACAACAACCCCUGGCUUAAACGUGACACACACAACUGCCUUUGUAACGUCAUCUAACUCCACUGUACAUGUAACUUUUAUCUCAAAUGGGACUGAUGACACAACUUCAUUUACCAGCACAACCUGGGACAAUGAAACAGUCAACAAAACCACAAGUCACUUCCAGACAUUCCAGUCAACAACCAUCUCGACUCCUCUAACAAAUAUUACCUCACUGACAACCAUCACACCUGGCACUCACACUCCAACAUUUACUACACUGACUACGCCAGAAAUCCAGACCACAGAAGGUUACACAAGUACACCUGAGACUACAGUAAUCACAACUGCAAAUUUAUCUCACACAGUCAAUACAACUUCAGGUUCAGUGGACAGAAUCACACAAGGUUUGGGGCUAAACAUUUCAGAAAAGAAUAUGACUAUUGUCUUCAGUGUUGUACUGGGAGUGUUUGCCGUGGCACUGGUUAUAUUCAUGUUUCACAGAUGCAAACAGAAAAUCCAAUACUUGCAUCAGCCUCUUAACAACACAGAUGCAUUCGUAGCAGAUGAUGAUACACUCAUCAUCUCUGGAGGACUUUAUGAUGGCCAUCCCAUCUACGAUAAUGUACCUACAGCCCCAGAAGACCAAUCUCAAUUUCGCCUUGAAUUCCUUCAUUGAGGAGAGACAGUUAACUGCAGUUUGAGAUGUCAUGUUUGAUACAUUACAGACAUGGACACAACCAAUUUUCCUUAUUCACCAAUUAAUACAAUUUCAAGACUGAAAUUUCACAUUGAAAUUCUACAAGAGAGCCUAAUGGCAGAGAGGAAGGGAAAAUAAUGGUGGGAUGAACAUUCAAACAUCACUUUUACUUAUAUCACUAUCAAUACUAAGACAGAUAAUUAUGUUAAGACAGUAAUACAUAUCAGCUACAACUUUUCAAACACCACCAGUAUAAACUUGUGAAAGAUAAAUAAGAUUUCAUCUGAACAUCAACAAAGAUAAAUUAUUUCAUAGAACAGAAUUUUUUGCAAAGCACUUAAAAGCAUGGAGGGUGACUCCACUCAAACUCUACCUCCAAAUCUCCAACAAACUUCCUUAAAAGCUAGAAUAUGAAAAGCUAAAUUAGCUUGUCACCAACAAUAGCGUUUAACUGAUCCAUAACAAUACGUCCUAUGCAUGUUAAGAAAUAAACUUGCCUUUUAUUAUUAAUACUGUCUAUUUGAACAGUACGAUCUAUGUAUGUUAAGUUGAAAUAUGAACACCAAAACCUGUAAAUUAUUGUUGUUAAUACUGUCUAUCUGACCUGGAACAGCCCUACUUAUGCAAAGAUCUUCUCAUUGUUCUUCUUCUUUUUCUUAUCAGAGCCAGUAACUGCUGUCCAACCAGCAUCUCUCAUCCUUUUAAUUGCAGCUAGUUUCAAGGUGUUCCCUGGUGAUUUAUGAGUGACAGGGCUCUGGAUCUGAAAAAUGAACAAAUGAUCUUUGUUCAUGCAUAAACUGCAUAAAGAUGAUCAUUAAACAGUAUUACACCGCUAUGGCGGUGAGUUACCUUUUUGAAGGCAUGGAUUUUCCCGUGUGGAGCACAAAAACUGGGUGCGGGUACAUUUGCAAAGGUCUGUCAGAAGACAAACAGAAGUCCAAAUCAGCUCUUGCGGUGAUCUUACACAAAUAAUCAAAUACAUUUAACAAAAUCACCAGAGCUGGUAUGAUGCUUUGUGUUUCUGACAAUCAACCAAUAAAAACACUACUCACCAGGAGAUCAUUUUGAUCAGAGCUGUCAGACUUGGGGUCAAGCUCAAUGGUGCCCUUCCCCCAGGGUGAUACUUUUUCACCAGAAGGCGGUGUCCUUAUUCUGUAGGACUGUAGGGGAAUUCAAACAGUAAAUGUUAACAGAAGUCACUGAUAUUGUUAUGCAUUUUGGAAAAUUUCACAAUGAUACUGUAUAUUACUUUGAUCUUUGAUGUUCCCACAAAACUAUGUGUAAUACUUCUUGGGGUUUUCAGGUCUUCACUGCAAACACCCUACGAUGCAAAGUCAAUGUCAGUUUGAAUAAAAAAAAAAAAAGAAAAAAAAAGACAGAUUAAACUAUAUUAUAGUUGUCUAUCAUCACAGCCAGUUGGCAUUUACUUGAUGAACAGAUUAAACUGUUGUCUACCUUGGUCUUUGGUGUUGUUCCACAUGGUGUUCUGAUGGAUUCAGUGACAGAUUCCUGGACCACAAACAAACAUAAAAUGUAAUGAUGGUCUGAAUAUGACUAACAGGUGAGCAAACACAGUGCUUUUACUUAUUUUUUCCUGAAACUGAAAAUGCCAAUUAAAAUCCCCAUAACAAUUACUUAAGAGUGGAAAAUCAGUUAUGAAAACUUGAUGAUUAAAAACCUUAUUGAUGAUUCCAACUCAUCUUAACAAUUAAUAAUGUACGUGAAAUGAGACUAAUUUGUUUCAACUAUCUAAAAACAUUUAGGAGAUCAAACUCACAGUGUGCUUCAUUGCUGCAGCACCUCCAUAUUUGUAGGAGGGAGUUGUCCUGGCCUUUGAGAAGUCAAACAUGAGUCUCUUUGAAGAACCCUCUUUUGGAGUCUCUGAACAUGUUCCCUGUUUAUAGUUUGAGGCAGGUUACUUCUUGGUUAAGGGAUGACAAACCACAUCAUGAGUGGCAGCAUAUUUUCUGAUGCACAGACUUUGUACCUGCUUGUUCGCUGCUCCUGACACCUGAGUGAUUUUCAUUGAUGACAUUUCUUUCUUCAAAUCAGUUAGCUCCUUCUGUAGGUUUUCCUAAUAGCAACAAAAUGCGUUUUUCCAAAACUGUCUCUCAAAAGGUAAAGCAUAUCCUGUCACAGUAAAAAUUUAUAAUGUAAAUACUGUAAUUGAUUAAACUUGGGCAUACCAUC